AUGGAAACCCUGCGCAUGGCUCGCAACGAUUUGUUUACUUCCGCUUUCGGUGGUUUCUCGCAUGCGCGCGAUGCAGCCGUGCGUCAUGGGCAGCAAGCACGAUGCAAGGGAAGUGGCCUGAUUGGGAAGAGUAUGGAAGCCGAGGGAUUGUGCCGGGACAUGCUGAAAGAGUUCUUGGAAAUGGGACUUGUGGGUGUACUUGAAGCGAAAAGCUCUCGAAGUUCUCUCGACAAGGGGCUUCUGAUUUCAGGAGUGAACUCUCACAGGCUAGAUGAUCCAAGUUACGAUGACGUCCCUCCUUCAUACGACGACGCUGUCAAAGACCUACCGCCAGAAUACGCUGCCCUUUCGCCACUUGCCCAUCGAAAAGAUUCGAUCCACGAUUCAGCGCCGUCCAAAUAUUCCCAAGAUGCCAGUUCGAACCCCUCGUCCCGUAUCAUCGACUGGGAUGGUUCAUUCGGAAUUCGAGAAUACAAGGGCGGGAAAAAGAAGAAGAACAAGCCGGCACCGCAGCGACAGGCUACACCUCCGCCGAACGAUGAUGGCGACAAGAAAGGUGAGGGCGCGGAUGAGGGAUCCAACGGUGGGGAUCCCCCGGCCGAUGGAGGUGAUGCUGGCGACGGGAACGGCGACGGCGGAGAUGGUGGAGGCGGAAGUGGUGGCGGUGGCGGUGGUGAUGAGGGCGGAGACGACGACUGGGAUGCUUGGAACACUACCAGCACCAAGAAGAAGACCAAGAAGCAAAAGAAAGAGGAAGAGGAGGAACUAAAGCGGAAGGAGGAAGAAGAACAAGCGGCCAAGGAGGAGGAAGAACGCAAAGCCAAAGAAAAGGAAGAACGAAAAGCAACAGAGGCCGCGGCAGCAGACAAUAACAAUCUCAGCUGGGCGGAUGAUCCCGACGGCAAUGGCGAUGACUCAUGGGCUGGGUUUGCUACUGCAGGGAAAAAGAAGAAGAAGGGCAAGGUAUUUUUAUCACGUGCAACAUACUUUUCGGUUUUUUCGAGCUAA